ACACACACACACAUACACGGCGACACUCUGUAGCAGUACCAGCGGUCUGAGGUGCGUCCCACGGCGCAGUGCACACUUUCCAACACCUCAUGAAGCUUCCAUGGGGUGGAAGCGGUAGCCAAGACCGCACCAACUUCAUCCACCAUUCUUGACUGCAUGACCGGGAUCACUUUCACUCACAUCGGCUUGGGGCACGACGAAGAGUUUGCGCUCCAGGCAGAAGGAAGCUCUCACUGUAGUGGCACAACUCGAUGGACCUGGCCGUGUCUUCAUUGGUGUCCACCAGCACUCUGAGCGCCAGUGAGUUGUCCUGCCCUCCACUAAGUUGUGUCAGGAGAUCUUGCAGGAGGAUGGUUGCGCAGAUCAGGGCAGCCCAGCAGAGACAGGCGCUCCUGUGGCUCAUUGUGGUUACUCAGUGUAUGUCAGCACUUGGUUGUGGACCCCAUUACGAAUAUGCCAUCGAGGAGUUCUGUCUGGCCAAAUUCAGGCUGGACAUGCAAGAGCUGGAGCAGAAAAACUGGUGCAGCUGGGAAGACACCGUCGAACUCUACGGAGAGCUGACAAACUGCACGUACCUGGUGGCGCUAAAGAUGGAGUGCUUCUGGCCCAACCGGCUGGUGGAUGAGUUCUUCAUCCGAGUGCACAAGCAAUACUUCUACAAUUGCUCGCUGUCAGGGCGGCUGCUGAGGGACCCCCCCAACCGCAUCUUAGGGCCUUUCAUCGUGAUGCCCAUCCUGGUCACCCUGCUCAUGACUGCCCUCGUGGUGUGGAGGAGCAAGCGCAGCGAAGGCAUUGUGUAGUCGAGAAAAGGAAGGUGGGAUUCUUUGGACCGGUUUCCCCAUCCUCCGUGGUGCUGGAGCAUCACUUUGAUGCUGUCAUCGCAAUGACACUCCAAAUGAAAUCAUUUCUUUGAGGCGAAUAUGGACUGGCCUUCUUUCCUGGACUUCAAACCCUUGCUGUGAAUGGUGGAUGUGGUUGUAGUGACAACAAUAAAUAUCAAACAGCUAUUUAUAUGAACUGAAACCAUGUGCACAGUAAACCGCAACACUGGAAAAUAACAGGACGCAACUUUCUCAGUGAAAUCUGUCUGUCUGUUCAUGUUAAUGUACAUCUACGUGACAUAUCUACGUACAUAGGCAAAAUAGGCAGUGUUUGUAAGAAGGCAAAGUUAUGUUAUUACCACCAGUGUUCUACAACCACUACCAAUUUAAAAUGUGUUGUCUAAUUUGGCACAGUCGUUCUGUAUUUGAGCCCUCAAUUUGCAGUGGAUUAUUUUCCCAAAUCAGUGGUUUCCAAACUUUCCCCUUCAGACAUCUGACUGGAAGUCAUGUACCCCCUACUCCUGCACACUUAAAAAAGCAUAAACCACACGAUGAAACAUUUUUAUAUGUUAUUAAAUAUAUUGUAUAUUAUGACAUAUUUUAAAAAAUCAUGUGUCUUAUUUUUUAACUACACACAUAGGCUACUCAUUUCAAACGGAGAGGGUUUUAGAGGGGUAAGAUAUCUCCUGGCAGGCUUGUCUUCUGUUUGGUGAAUUUAUUUAUAACAAGUGGUGACGAGCUGUGGUAUGAUGCGGUGAACUGUGAUCUUUGUGCUCUUUUGCUGUGCUUUGGUCUGCAAUAACAUGGAAAUAAUCAGUACAAUGCAACUAAUGUUCUACAUAAACGUAAUAAUUAUCAAUAAUAAUUCUGAAAACAAAGACACAUAACGUAAAGAAAUCAAUUAGGAAAUUAAUUCAAUACGAGGCUUAUUACUGAGCCAAAUGGACAUAUGAGCACAUGUAGCAUAAAAUUAUGCACCAAGCAAAAAUGCACAGAGCUGACAUUAUUAAAGCUCACUUCUGUGCAUUUAGACACAGCAUUAACAUUUGUGAACAAGGACGAGGUGAAAGCAAGAAUGGAAAACACACUUUUGUCUGUGCAGCGUCCGAGAAAUUCAUACACAUAAGUCUCAAUCUGCGUCACGCAUGGCGUGUUCGAGGACCACUGGACCAUUUACUUGACAUGCAAAAAAGGAGCCAGGUGAGGUAGCUUUGGAAGACGAUGAUGUUAUCUCCAAAAAUUAAAGCAAAACGCACCAGCAGUCACGCUAACGUUUCUAAGUACGGCUUUCAAAAGCACUGGAGAAAGGCAAAUUAACCCCUACUUUUUCGCUUGUUUGCACUAUUUGGAAAGUCCAAAUUACACAUAUUUUUUAUGGUAUGCGACUGACUUAGAACUAUAGUUUAAAUUGUUAGAAGAAUGAUGAAAAGAGCAUAGAAGAAAGCACAACAACAAAAGGAAUUAAGUGUUGGAUUAAGUUAACCGGUGCACAUCUCUGCUAACUGUUGCCAAUGCCGAAAGCACAUCUUCUGUAUCAUGCACCUCAGCUUUGUAUUGAUGUAUGAUCUCCCAGUGUGGUGGAGUGUGCAAUGUGAACUGUUUCCUCAUUGAUAUUUUUGAAUGCUCUCUUUCCUCUAAAGGUUCAUUGAGCUGUAACCUUCCUGUCAGCACAACACACACAAACACACCCACUCCUCUCUAAAAGGAUCUGACUUUGUACUUUGUGCCAAAAGCUCUUGGAAAAUGGAAGUCAGCAUAAGGAAUAUUUUUUAAAAAGUCAAUGAUUGAAUUGUACUACAUGAUCAGGAAGAAAACCUUUAAUAAAGUCUCUUUUUGGCGUGUCAGGCAUAAUCAGAACUGGUGUUUCGGUUUCUUACGAGGGACAGUCGUCCCUCGCUUAUCGCGGUUAAGUGGUCCCACGCACGACCGUGUUAAGCGAACUUCCGCGAAGCAGGAUUCAAUAAUAAUAAACCGAAUAUUUUCGUAGUUAGAGCAACGAAAACAUGUUUAUGACUUUCUAAAUAUGCAGGGUUUUUUUUUUUUUUACCAUUAUUAGAGCCCUGUAGACAUGAAAUAACACCCCUAUAGUAACCUUUACACUCCUAUUAUUUGUUGUUUACACCCACAUUGCUCAACACUAAUGUGCAGGCUACGGGAUCACUGCACGGACAUGAGAGACGGCCACCAUUCAUAGCAUAUGGCGAGCUACCAAACUAACUAGUUAGCCUCCAAUUUAUUUGUUCCAAACUUAAGAAAGUGUUGCACAUGAAAUGGGGAAGAAGGACAAAAUAAGAAGCCAAAAACAUACCACUUCCAGGAUGGGAGGAAAACUUUUUUUCGCUAUGUCAUGUCGGUCAUGCCAGGGCUGACCCAUGCAGAGUGUUAAGGUAAUCUAUGCAACAUCAGUGUAACCUAAUGACCAGAAUACUGCAUAUGACAUAUGACUAAAAAUAGGCCAUAAUCAACCCCAAAACACCGAUCCUUUAUGAAUUAAUUUUUGAAAAACCGCAAUGGAGCGACGUUCGAACCGUGAUGUAGCGAGGGAUGACGGUACACAAAGGAUGUGACAGAGGUAUGUCGUAAACUGAUUUUUCUUAGAUUACAAUAAACAGAACAAUUUUCAUCUUACUGGUUAGUUCUUGCGAGAAAAAAAAAAUGCAGGACCGAUCUAUUAAAAAUUGAGGCAAAACUACCCGUGCUUUGCCGUAGGUGGGUUAGCGUGAGAAAAUCAAGCGCUCCUCUUCUGUGACAUGCUGCAAACAGCCUUUCGUACCCUCCCCUAUCGAUGUCAUGAUAUUGGAUAAGUCCACAAGUACAGUUGGCAGUUAAGCCAAUCCAACAUUGCUUGAGUCGUUCUUACCUCCAUGCGUGCACCAACUACAGUCACAAAUAAAUUAAAAAAUAAUGGAUAUAAAACUUUAUCAGUAUCGGCCUUGAAAAGCAGGAAGUCACCGUAUCAGCUUGAAAAAAAAGUAUUGUGCAUCCCAAAAAAAAUAAAUGCUCUAUAAUAACGACAUAUAAUUAACAGGUUUUCAAGAAUAUCUGCUAAUUAAAAUGAAAAUGCAACCCCUCUUACUUAGGUCCAUUGUCCCAGGUGGGGCACAGGCCAUCGACACUUGUCCAGAUAUUCUUGAGCGUGGCCAAAGCUGUUCUUGUCUUGCCGAUUUAUAACGGGAAGACUGCGUACAGGUGUGCUUUGCAUGGUUUUAUGGACCUGAACAUUCUCUUAAGUCCAUAGAUUCUGAGGUUUGUGGGUACACAGUAUUUUGGGAUUGAAUCCACGUGCAGUUUUAUAGAUGAGGCCCCUGGUUCCACACAACCAAGACCUUCUGGCUACUCUGAGACAUCUGUGAUUUAAAUACUGCCCUGCUGCUAUGACGUCGUAUUAUUUGCAGAGCUCCUGGUGCCGAAUCUGCGACAGUAUGUUAAUCUGUCAUCAGAUGCACACCCACGCUGGAGAUGCUAACCUAAUCAAUGGCAACGUCACACAAAUAUCUUGUGGGAACAUGAUUAUAGUUAAUGUAAUUACAGCUGCAUAUUGGAAUCAGAAGGGGAAAAAGGAGGGCUAUAUUUGGGUAUUUGGGGACCAGACACAGAACAAACAAGGGCAAGAUUUACUGUAGAUACAGAUCCCAACCCCAACCCUUCUUACUAAAUAAUCAGAAUGGUGCGAAAAAAGCCUGAAAUAAUCCACGAAGUCUGGUAAAUUGCAGUAAUACGGUCCAGUAGAAGUGAUGGGACAAGCAAACAAGCACUGGCAUUUAAAUAACUUUUGUUUUUCAAAAUAUGUAAUCAUACACCCUGAUUUUCCUAUGAUUCGGUUUUCAUCGAAAAUGCUUAACGUUGAUUUAUUUCAGUGGUUCUCAGUGGACAGAAAUGUUUUCGCGGCCCCCUGAUUUGAAAACUCUUGAGAAACUGAUAAUAUCUAUUUCUUUAUCUGUACUGUACAGACUGAACUCGAAACUGACACCACCGAAAUGCAACAAAAUGGAGAGCAGUGAAGCAUACAAGCGUAUUCAACAAAGUAGAUAUACUCAAAGCAAAUAAUAUAUAAUAUAUCAUUUAAAACAGUUUAGACUUGGUGGGGAGAAGAAUCCGUGGCGGACAGGAAGUGACAUCAGGGGUUCAGAGUUGACUUUUAGCUUGUCGUCCGCUAUGGCCACAACAGUAACCUGUGUUAUUAUUCUUAUUUAUUCUGAUUAUUUGAUUAUUGUACCUGUUGUGACAUAAUUUAAACCUGCAAUAAAAGCCGGUUGUUCAAGUGUGGUGCUUCGGUGGUGUUUUCACCGAACAACUACCGACACCUAGUGACCAGUUCUGAUCCUAAUGGCUUAUACAGUCAUCCCUCGUUUAUCGCGGUUAAUUGCUUUCAGACCCAAGUGAGUGAAUUUCCACCAUAUUGGAUUCAAUGUUAAUAAAUUGAAAACUUUCAGAGUUACAGCAUAGAAAACCUGUUUAAGACUUUCUAAAUAUGUUUUUAAUAUUAUUAGAGCCCUGUAGAUGUGAAAUAACACCCAUAUAGUCACCUUUACACUCCUAUUAUUCUUAGUUUACAACACAUUGCUCAACUCUUAUGCCACAGGGACUCGCUAGCUAGCUAAUAAGCUAGCAAGUUAGAGCGCUAACCAGUUAGCCUUCCAUUUUUUUUUUUUCUAAACUUAAGAUGCCCAAGACUUACCACUUCGACACGGAAUGGGUGGAGAAUCUUUUUUCACUCUAUCAUGUCGGACACGCCAUGGCUGACUUCAUGCAGUGUUAAAGUAUGACGUGUCAUGUAAGUUCUCAGUGUUUUGUGUCAUUACUGCCCCCCAGUGACCACAAUACUCCAUAUCACUUGUAUUUCAAUAUGUUUUGACAACAGUCUACCAUGAAACAGCAAUAAUUUAUUAAUCAAUCUGAAAAAAACACAAUAUAGAGAGGGACUAGUAAUCGAACCGCAAUAUUGCGAGGGAUGACUAUACCGUGUAAGUGUUUUCUGCAUGUAAAACUAUCAUUAUAAAGCUAUAAAAGCUAUUAAAAAAAAUGGGCUUUGUGCUUAAGAUUCUUGCCUUUGUGGAACGGAUUAAUUGGAUUUGCAUUAUUUUUUAAGGAAAAAGACCAUUUUGGAUCGAGUCAGACAUUCUGGAAUGGAUUCAUGUUGCUAACCAAGGGUCCCCUGUAGUUGCGUUCCUUUGAUUGCUGUCAAUACAGGAACCAUUUUACACGUAAAAUAUAUUCACUGAUUUCUAGAUUCACUUGAGUUUUCACAAUGACACAUUUGCGUUGACGUGUAUGACAAGUACUGUACAUGCCUCACAGCACAA